CCACUCUCGAGGACAUCUUUUCCAGACACAUACUUCUUUUCUUCUUUAUUCGUUUUCUAGGGUUCUUCGUUUUGGUGCUCUAAAAUGGAAGACGGAACAGUAGAACAAGUUGCACCAGAGAAUCACGAAACACCGGUAGAAGAAGAAGAGAAUUCAGAUUUAGUUCUUGACCUUACUAGUUAUCAGCUCCACGAUCUUCAAGGAAUUGAUUUUCCAUCUAGUUUAAUCGAGUUAGAUUUAACUGCUAACCGAUUAUCAACUGUAGAUUCUCGAAUUGGUCUUCUCUCGCAGUUAAAAAAGCUUUCUUUUCGUCAGAAUAUCCUCGAGGAUGCUGCUGUUGAACCAAUUUCUCAGUGGAAUGAAAUUUCUCAGCUCCAGGAACUCGUCUUCAGGGAUAACAAGCUAACGAAAAUACCUGAUGUCAGCAUUUUUAAAAGUCUCGUGGUAUUUGACGUAUCCUUCAAUGAAAUACUCUCCUUAACUGGUAUAUCAAAGGUCUCAAGCACACUCAAGGAACUUUAUGUUUCCAAGAAUGAAGUGACCAAGAUGGAGGAGCUAACCCACCUUCAUGAUCUACAAAUUCUUGAACUUGGCUCAAAUAGAUUACGGGUAAUGGAGAACUUGGACACACUAACAAAUUUGCAAGAGCUAUGGCUUGGGCGGAACCGUAUCCGAACUGUCAACCUAUGUGGACUAAAAUGUAUCAAGAAGAUUAGCUUACAGAGUAACCGUUUGACAUCUAUGACAGGAUUUCAGGAAUGUGUUGCUCUAGAAGAACUCUAUUUGAGCCAUAAUGGUAUUUCAAAGAUGGAAGGUUUGUCUACGUUGGUAAAUCUUCGAGUCCUGGAUGUUUCAUCAAAUAAAUUGACCGCCGUGGAAGACAUCGAAAACCUGACAAAAUUGGAAGACUUGUGGCUUAAUGACAAUCAAGUGUCAUCUUUAGAAGGCUUUGAACUGGCUGUUGCUGGCUCAAAAGAGAAGCUAACAACCAUCUACCUUGAACACAACCCAUGUGCAAGUUCUCCAAAUUACUCUGCUUUUCUGCGGCAGAUUUUUCCAAAUGUAGAGCAGAUUGAUUCAGAGAUAUUCUCGUGAUAGUUUAAGGUCAGGAUACUUAUCAGCUCAUUGUUGGAAGAGAAAACUAUUCAAAAGCUCAACAUUGUCGAUUUUAUAGUUCGGCUUGGCAAAUUUUGUUUUAAUUUUGCAAGGUGAGUGCUUAAAAUGUUAUGUUUUACUUGUACUUCUUCGCAUCUGUCAGAAUUAUGUUGAUCUCCUUUAAGCCGCCAUUUAGGUAGACAGCAAUUUAGAAAUGAGAGCAGACUGCUUUUUUGUUCUUUUGGAAGCUAGAAAAGCUCAUCUAAUAUGUAACUGUAAUACUAAUAACUCAAGCCAAAAACGUUACGGGUUUCCGCAACAUGACGUGGUUUCUGGCGUAUGUCCAAGGUUUGUGUGCGUUGAUGACUGCAGAUUCAUAUUUCCCCAGUACAUUGGUAAGUCUUUGCUGGCACGGAUCUAGCCAUCUCCAUCAGCUCUUUCAUUUGACGUGAAUGAAUGCAAUUGCUUUCAGAGCUGUCUGUCUCAUUUUCCAACUGGACAAUGGCAGAGAUAUCUGAUGUAUUUCAUAAACAAUGUUCCUCGCUCUUUUUUGAUCAAUUGAAAGUCUGUGUAUUAUAUUUUA